AAGCCCAUUUAUUGCUGCCAUCUGUUCACCAUUGUAUAGUGUAACAAAUGCUGUAAAUCUGGUGUCUCUCUCUCUCUCCUUCUCCCAUCUUGCCUGAAUCUUGAAAUUUUCCUUAAUCUCUCCAAAACCCAAAAACAUAAUCAUUUGAUUCCUAUGUUUUUUUCUAACAAAAUUUUCAAAUUACCCCAUUUUUAGAGCUGUUUGAUUCAUUGAUCUGGUUCUUGAUUUGAUCACACCACUUGAUAGAUUGAUAAGGGAAUAUAGCAUUUUGAUCAUUAUAAAGAAUUGGGUAAGUAGAGAUUUAUAGAACCCUUCAUAUCCCAUAAAGGACAUAUUGGAAUGAAAUAGACCUAAACAGAACGAAUGAUAUACAAGAUUUAUAUGGCCAACCUGGUUAUUGUACCCGGUGUUGAUGCAAUUUUGGAUACAAUAUGAGGUCUCGACAAUCUAUAAUUAUGUGUUAUCACACUGGCUUAGAGCAAGCAUUUACGAAAUCUUUGAUGAAUGAUCAAAAGAGAAAGAUUUAUAUAGCAUACCAGUGUUAGGGAUUGAGGUGUAGUUAAUUGAUUUGAUUAAAUUUCAUAGAAAGAUGCAUGUACUUGUAAUCCAGGGCAAUUGCAAUAGAGAGAUUAUGCUCCGUUUUCCCUUAUGUGGUAUUCAUACCAAAGUAGUACUCGCAAAGGGAUUGCCCCGGCAGGUGAAGAUGUUGGAGUGACAACAUUAGGAAAUAAGGCUUGAAUGAUAACUAAGUGAUAUUUUCUUAUAUGUCUAUGACUAAGUCGACUGAGUUACUUGUUACGUGUUGGUGGAAGGUAGCAGGAACUUGUAAAUUAUUAAAUCAUUGUCAAGGUGUACGUAAGUUGUCCAGACACCAUGAAUCUCAAAUAAUGCAGUUAGUGGGAGAUAGAACUUCUGUUGGUCGAAUUGGCUUUAGCUUAAAAUGGAGUGUCCAAGAGGAACUAGAAGUGGUGGGCAUUCUAACUUUCAUAGAGGUCUUUUUUAAAAGUGGUGGAGUCCUUUUCAUAUUGGUUUUUAUAUAUCUGCUACUCAGGUCAAGGAUCUGUCGGGAACAACCUCUCUACCUUCACAAAGUAAGGGGUAAGGCUGUGUAUAUAGUACACACUACCUCCCCAAACUUCACUUGUGGGACUACUUUGGGUUUUGAGCUUAAUACUUGACGGCAAGAAGCAAGGGAGUGGGAGCUUAGCACAGGGUGGGACACUUCAUUCUUUGCUGAACUUUAAGUUUCUGAUGCUUUGCUUUUGUGUAGAUAUUUGAAAGUCAUCACUUUCCUUUUAGGACUGAAUCUGAACUCGAAGAAGUAACUACAGUGACUGGAGGGAAGUUUUAGUUCAUGGUGCUUUGCAAGUCCACUUUGAAUAUUUUUCCACCACUCCUCAUCUCCUGAUAGAACAUUUACCUCUGAGACUUCUUUCUUCUUUACUUUUGCUGUUUCCUUCUGUAGCCGACCCCUGCCUUUGAAGUUUUUUCCAAGGGCCUAUACCUGUUCAUUCUUUACUUUUCUUUAUUUCGGCAUAAAUAAGUAGUUAUGAUGUUCUAGCUUCCCAUUUUAUGUGGUGAAGAAGAUGGCACACAAUUCCGAGGAAGAAAAAAAAGAGGACUACCUUUUCAAGAUUGUAUUGAUUGGUGAUUCUGCAGUUGGUAAAUCGAAUUUGCUUGCUAGAUUUGCUAGAGAUGAAUUCUAUCCAAACUCAAAAUCGACAAUUGGAGUAGAAUUUCAGACUCAAAAGAUAAACAUAAAUGGGAAGGAGGUUAAAGCGCAGAUAUGGGAUACGGCUGGUCAAGAACGAUUUAGAGCAGUUACUUCUGCAUAUUACAGAGGUGCAGUUGGAGCUCUUCUGGUUUAUGAUAUUAGUAGGCGCCUGACUUUCGAUAACAUUGAUCGAUGGCUUAACGAGCUUCAGACUCAUUCGGACAUGAAUGUGGUUAUAAUACUCGUUGGCAACAAGUCUGAUCUCAAAGACGCCAGGGAAGUUACAACAGCGGAAGGCAAAGCCUUGGCUGAGGCGAAAGGUCUAUUUUUCAUCGAAACUUCAGCUUUGGAUUCAUCGAAUGUAACGUCUGCUUUCCAGACAGUUGUUAGGGAGAUCUAUAAUAUUCUGAGCAGAAAAGUCAUUCAAUCUCAAGAGCUCCAGAAAAAGGACUCGGGGCGGCUAGCAAAUGGUAAGUCUGUGGUUUUGCAGGCUGAUGAAGGAAAUGAAGAUACAGUUGCAGAUACAAAGAAAGGUGGAUGUUGUUCAUCUUAAGUAAAACAAUCAAAUAUGAAGUCACUUCUGUUAGGGAGCGGCUUACCCUUCAAUGUGAGACUUCUUGGCGUGAAUUCAUAUUUACUCGCGCCCCAAUGUUGAUACUGGACACCGAGUGGGAAACAAAAAGAAAAAAAGUAAACAAUUCCUAUUUUAAGUCCAAGACAUGUUAAAUAUCACUUCUCCCAUGAUGUAAUUCAGUUUCUUGUUGGUUGAAGAAAGAAGUACAGCUUUCUCUUGGAUCUAUAGGAACAACUAUUUCUUUAGAAAAUGUAAAUGAUCUCAAUGGGAGAAGUACAUUUUUUAAAAACUGUUUUUGGAGUUCCCAGUUUUGUAUAAUUCAAUUUCUGUGCUUUAACCUGC